AGGGCGAGCUGGCACAGCCGUCCUUGCCCUCCAUGGGCCGCGCGUAGCCACGGCCGGGGGCGGCGCAUCGGCGAUGCCACUGCGCCCAUGGACAAGGCCCGGGGCGCGUCCGCCUGCGCCGGGGCACUGCGGCUCCUGCUCCUCACGGCCCCGGCGCCGCUGGCCGCGGCGCUCGCGGGCGAGCGUGAGGCGCAGCUGCUGGCGGUGCCCGCGGCGCUGCUGUCCGCGGGCCUGGACCUCGUCAGGAGGAGGCGCAGGUGCCUGCCGUUCCCGAUCUACUUGCUGCUGGCGUACGCGGCGCAGCUGUCCGCCGUCCUGCUGCUGUCGUCGCCCGUCGGCGGGCCGCCCGCUGUCCAUCAGGCCGGGAAGGUGCACACCAUCUCGAUCGUCAUGGCCGCCCACAACGAGCAUAGGUACCUGAAGCGCACAUUUGACAGCAUCUACGCGACCACCCCCAAGGAAGUAUUGGCCGAGAUCAUCCUGGUGGACGACGGCAGCAGCCCUACCCUGGCCAGCGCCAUUCCAGAUCACCCGGAGGUGAAGAUCAUCCGCCACGAGGACAGGCGCGGCUUGAUCAAGUCAAAGGUCGAGGGCGGCAAUGCUGCAGUAGGCGACAUGAUCAUGUUCCUGGAUGCGCACGUGAAGCCAGAGCCAGAUUGGUACCAGCCGCUGCUCACGCAUAUGAACAAAAAUUACAAGCGCGUUGUUGUGCCGCUCAUUCCUAUAUUGGAUGGUGACACGUGGCAGCCUAACAACAACGCAGUGGGCGUGAAGAUGAUGUUCGACUGGGGGUUGGGGUUUAAUUGGUAUGACGAUGGCAAUGAUCUAGUUCCCUGCAUGAGCGGAGGCCUCUUCGGUAUCACCAGGGAUUGGUGGCACGAGUCGGGCGAGUAUGACUACGGGAUGAUGAUGUGGGGCGCGGAGAACAUCGCGCAGUCCAUCCGCAUUUGGUUAUGUGGCGGCGAGGUGUACGUCGCCAGGGAUUCCCGCAUCGCACAUGUGUUCAGGGGGAAGUUCCCUUACCCGAUCAACAACACCCAGGUGCUAAUGAACAAAGUCCGCACUGUCGAGACGUGGUUCGACGAAUACAAAGAAUAUUAUUACAAGAAAGACCCAGUGGGACGAUCUUUUAUCGGCAACGUCGGUGACAUCUCGGAACGACUCGCACUCAAACAGCGUCUACAGUGCAAGCCUUUCAAGGAAUACAUCGAGAAGUUCAAGGAUGUCUUCAAGAGUAGGGGAAUGCUCCCCGCAGAGGUGUUCCUGAUCCGCGACAUCAGAACGAACCUUUGCCUCGAGAGCACCCGCGACCACGCACACCUGACUCAGGCCGAGUGCGACCCGGAGCUGACAGGGCAGCAGUGGUCCCACGUCAAAGGCUUGGUCGGGUUGCGCAACGUGGCCGCCAAUGCGUGCCUGGACGCCAACGCCGCGGAGGUUGGCAGGCCAGGCACGCUGGCGCUUCUGUACCACUGCUCCCCUGGCACCGAGGUGCAGUCCUGGCAGCUGCGAAAUGGCCACAUCGUGUGGAAGCAGUCAUGCCUGCAGGAGGCCGUGGGGCCGGACCCGCCCAGGGACGGGAGGGACGAGGAGCAGGCGAUGGCCUACCAGAGGUGCGGCGACUUCCUGCAGGGGAGUGGCCCCUUCGAGAAGUUCGAGGCGCGGCUGCGGCUCCUGGAGGACAGGUGACGGCUGCUCCCGGGCGGCGGCCCUCUCCGCGGGCAGACGGGCCCGGGCCUCGAGCUCGGUCGGGCGCGGAGUGGCCUCGGCGCCCGCCGUGGCCUCGUCGCGCGCCGGCCCGGGAAAAAGCUGAAGGCGGGCACGCGGUGAGAGCGAG